AUGGAAGAACAGCCUUCUCACAGCUCACAAGCGGGCGAUGAGCUAGGCGAGAAGGAUGUAAACAAACUGCUGUUACAGUACCUUCUUCUACACCGUGGCACCUGCGAAGAAGCUCAACUCUUGAAGGCAUUGAGCACACUCGACGGAUCAGGCAGAAACGAGCAGGAACGGCAAGCACGGCUAAAAAAAUGGAUCACAAGCGUUAACUUAGCGCUGAAUGCACUGGACUACAAAGUUGUUCGGGCAAGAAACCGUUUUGGUGGGUGGAGUUACGUUUACGUUGAUCUAGAACCGGCAAACGACACUAAAGGAGCCACCACGCUCAGUCCUGACGACCUCAAGUUUGUUCAAUGGGCGAUCCAGAAAUUUCUGGAUCAAAAAGAUACCAUGCAAGUGGAGGGCGCUAAAAGCACUGUCGAGAAUGCCGUGGACCGUAUUCUGAGUGAAAAAUUCGGCAAAUCUAGCUUUGACGGUCUGCAGCUCAGAGUUUACCAUACGUGUGGGUCAACCGAGCUUUUGCAGUAUACGGAUCUGGAUGCAAUGGCGGCCGAGCAUCUUCUAGUGCGGCUGUGCCAGCUGCGGUGGUUCUACGAGACCAAUGAGGGCCGUUUGGGCUUGGAUGUGCGGGCGCUAGCCGAGCUUCAAACCUACUUACGCGAGCGGUAUGAUGUACCGACGUGUGUGGUGUGCAAGGAACUGGCGUUGGAAGGUGUCAGAUGCCAGUGCGGCGCGAGCGCAUGCCAUGUUGCUUGUUUAGGGCAUUUUCUGACCCAUGUAGGGACCGAGUGCGUUAGUUGCGGCUCCAGUCUGGAACGGGCCGUCUACAUGGUCUGA